AUCAGUGUUAAUUGAAUAUGUUUCCUCUGCUCAACAUUAGAGACAUUAGUUCAAUUUGUAAAUGUUUUCAUUCUCUUCAUCAUCAGAUUUAUUUUUGCAAAUUCUGUGUUCAGCCAUUUCUAGAAUAAAAAAGUCAAUCUACGUACUUUUUUUUUUUUGCUUGGUACAUGUGUUGUGUUAUUGUUCGUUUGAUCAGUAUAUAAACAUCAUACAUAUUAGUUGGUUUUCAUUGUACGAUACGUAGCAGCAACGGUUUACUAAAAAAUGGAAUCUAUUAAAUAUACAAAUUUACAUGCAGAAACCAGUGGUUCACUGAACCUUACCGAUAUUAAUGAUGACUGUAAAACACUGAUUUUCAAACAUUUAGAAUGGAAAGACCUGAUAAGUGUUGCAGAAACAAGUAAACAGCUGUACAAAGCAGCUUGCGAUGUUUACAAACAGAAAUAUGGCAAAGGGAGACUAUCUGUACUACACCGCCGGAUUAUUAGAUCAGCUACGGAACCAGAUCUCUAUUUGUGGCAUGCCUUGGAUUCGUUGAAAAUUUUGAGGAAUUUUGGACAUGUUGUUUCGCACAUAAUGCUUUCAUACGAUUAUCGUUUAUCUUCUUGUCGAUUUGUUUUCCACAUCGAGAACUAUAUCGCAAAAUAUUGUUCAAAGUCUCUGAAACAAUUAUCAUUAGACUUUAAGCCAAUAUAUUUAUUCAAAGAAAUAGGAAAAUUGUUUGUAAAUAUCGAACAUAUACAUUUAAAUUGCUUUUAUUAUCCUAUUCAUGAAUUAUCGUUGGAUUCAAUUUUUCCGAAUCUAAAUUCCGUGCGAUUGGAAUUUUAUGAAUUUAAUUUCAUGCCCAUUAGCAUCCCAUCUAUGAAAAAAUUGUCCAUUUUUUACAUUGGCAAAAACAAGCAGGACACCGAAAUUGGACGAUUUCUGGAAAUCAAUCCACAACUUGAGGAUUUGAAUUUACAUUUGUACUAUUCAUUCAGCGAUACCUUGUCUCAGAGGCUCAGUGAAAAUUUACCAAUGCUAAAACGAUUAAGUUUGAGAAUGAAAUUGACGCAAAAUGUGGAACGAUAUAAUUUGAUAAAUGUUAUUGAGUUCCGGUUACGCCCAAUAAACCACGCAUUUCCAUAUAUUCCCUUCACUUUUACCAAACUUGAACGAUUUGAGUGUGAAUGUUAUUUAGAGGACCCAAUGAAUUCGCGUAUUUUUGAUUUUAUAGCUGAGAAUAGUCAAUUAAAAUCAAUAACAAUUAGCGGAGCUUAUGACCAAUUCAUUGAUAGAUUAUUUCAACUGAAUUCUGUUUUGUCGACAGUUGAGGAACUCAACAUCAGGGCUAUGUCUACGUUCCCAAUAUCGAUUUCAGAUCGAAUUUUCGAUUUAUUUUCACAGAAUCAAUCUUUGAAGAAGUUGACUUUGACCGGAAAAUCGAUCUUCACGAAAUGGUUAAAUGAUUUUGUAAAAUCAAAAAUUUGCAAACGAGAAAAAACUCAAUACGGCCUUAAACUGACACUGUGUCCACACAUGGUGUAAUAUUCAUGCUGAUUUAUCCGCGUUCUUUUUUUUAUCAAAAUGUAACUGUACUUUUUAUUCAAUUUGAAAUUUAUGAUAGCUAUUAUUUUUAACUUAAUGUAUUGUACUCUUUGGAUACAAAUUUUAAAUAAAUAAUAAGAAAAACGCAAAGCUA